AAAAAAAUAAUGUUUAACAUGAGAGUGGCUUCAGGUGAAUGCAAUGAAGACACUGAGGUUUACAACAUUACCCUUAGUACUGGGGAUGAGCUCACUUUAAUGGGGCAAGCAGAAAUCCUUUAUGCAAAAUCUUCUAAGGAGAAGUCACGACUCAACACUAUCUUCAAAAAAAUUGGGAAACUUAAUUCAAUUAGUAAGCUAGGCAGAGGCAAAAUGCCCUGCCUCAUCUGCAUGAACCACAGGACCAACGAAAGCAUCAGUCUCCCUUUCCAGUGUAAGGGCAAGUUUAGCACCCGCAGCCCAUUGGAAGUGCAGAUGCAAGAAGGUGAGCACACGAUUCGCAAUAUAGUAGAAAAAACCAGGCUGCCCGUUAACGUGACUGUGCCGAGUCCUACACCAAGAAACCCUUAUGACCUACAUUUUAUCCGUGAAGGGCACAGGUACAAGUUUGUCAACAUUCAAACCAAGACAGUGGUGGUUUGUUGCGUGCUUCGUGGCAACAAAAUUAUUCCCAUGCAUUUUCCCUUGCACUUGACACUUCCGAAAUUUACUCUACCCGACAGUCUGGUGAAAGGGGAGCUGUGGCACGAAUCCCUUAUCCAGCACUGGUUUAAUAUAUGCCAGGAACAGUUUGACAUUGAUGAGUAUUCCCGUGCUGUGCGAGAUGUGAAAACUGACUGGAACGAAGACUGCAAGAGCCCGAAGAAGAGCCGAUGCACGGGGCACAGCCACGUGCCAAACUCUCUCAGCUACGCGCGGGACGAACUUACGCAGUCCUUCCACCGGCUUUCGGUGUGUGUCUAUGGAAACAACUUGCAUGGGAAUAGCGAAGUGAACCUCCACGGCUGCAGGGACUUGUGUAACGAGUGGGCCCUGUUCUCUCACGAUGCUCUUCAGUACCAGGAGUCUGGUGACAGUAGCAGUGAUUACCUUUUUCCUGAAGUUAGCGAAGAAUCGAUGUUUCUGCCUACAAAACCAGAACUUCCUUAUGAAGAGCUGUGGUUGGACCAAGGGUCGGGAAAGGCUGGUGAUCAGCCUCUCACUCGCUCACUAAGUGAGAAGAACAAAUGUGACAACUAUAGAGGGUCUUUCCGAUCAAAGUGUGGUACCACAUCUCAUUCUGUGCCUGCGACUGUUGGAGCAACUACAAAGUCUUCAGAUGUUUCCCUACCUCCACCUCCAGUGCCUCCCAAAUCAGAAGCAGUAAAAGAGGAAUGCAGGCUCCUGAAUGCUCCCCCUGUCCCACCACGGAGUUCAAAGCCGUCCUCCACCAGUCCUUCCAUCCCUCCUCGCACAGUCAAACCUGCACGACAGCAGACCCGCUCUCCUAGCCCUACUCUGUCCUACUACUCUUCGGGACUGCACAACAU